UUUUCAUUAGUUAUCUGUGGUUAUAUUUUACAGAGAUUAUCCAACAAAAUGCCGGGUUUACCCAAUGUCAAAACUCACUGCCUAGAGAACUUGAAUGAUAAAAGAGAGAGAAGCUGGGAUGAACAUAUCACUAGCCUUCUGGAUGACAAAUAUUCAGACUGGAGAAGUCCCAAAGGGACCUACAUGGUCCCUGAUGAGUUCUUGUACAAGAACCAUCCACCAGAUUUCGGAGAGCAAACAGAAAAGAAGUUUUUUGACCUCUUGAAAAAUUUUGGAGAGACUCAUCAAGAACCAAUGUUUGUGGUUCACUCCUACCAUUUUAAAGUGAUUAUUUCUGACUCGAAUGACAAUUCCAACAAGAAAGAAAGGAAGUGGGUGUUUGGAGAGCACGAUUUUGUCAUUAUUCAUCACAUACAUGGCAUAAUAUUUUUCCAGGUAAACAGAAAGUAUUACUAGAGAUAAAAAAUGUAAAUUAUGUAUUUGAUUGAUUGUAAGAUUGGCUUGGAAACAGGAAAAUUGUCCUUCAAAGCAGCCCCUUGUAUCUAAUAGUCAUUAUUGUGGCUACUGCUUCCUAAAGGAGGCAAAGCCACAUGUCAUUGAGAUGAGUGAGUGAGUGUAACAGUAGAAUUCUGAUCUUGACCCAAUUUUGAAUCUAUGUUUCCCAAUCCUACCCAGGAUUGUCAAAAAUAUUUGAAGUAGAAGAAGAAUGUAAGAAAGUAGGUGGCACUGGGGGCCUUUGGCCCCCACGCUAGGCGGGGGGUCUAAGGGCCACCAAGGCCCUUAGCGGGGUACAGGGGCAGUGGCCCGUUCAGAAGCAAAAUGAAUGUAGGGUUUUUCCACCAGCUAAUAUUGCCUCUCCUUGAAGCAAUUUUUAUAUGUUUGCACUAUUCUAACUGGCUAUUCUAACAUUCCUUUUACCACUCUAAGAAGAUUUAAUCAUUUUUAUUAGUGAGUUCAAAAAAACAAUUUAGUAGUCACUUCUCACACAGCACAAAUUUUUUUGCAAAAGAAAAAAAUUUGGAGUACCAGUGCUUUCCUUCAAAGUGUACAGUAAGUGUAGAAUUGAAAGAGACUACUGGUUCCCAACAGGAUUCCAUCUUCUUUCGAUUUUUCCUAUGACUUAAAAAAUACUGUUGCUAUCUUGCCAUCAGUACAACUUGAAAUCUUUAUCGUAUUUUGACCGUCAGAAAUUAUUUGACGUGGUGUGUGGUUGCUCAUCUAAACAACAGUGAAUUGCAGAAUUGUAUUAAAGUGCAAACGACUCAGAAAGUGCUAGUUCAAGAUUAUUUCCCAUUUAGUUUAUAAGUGAGAUACCAAAUUAGUAUCAAGCAUCAGCGAAUUCAAGAAAUUCAGAAAACAAACUAAUCUGGUUAGCACAGAGAAAACAUUAGGCAACCAUUUUACAUCUAGUUGUGUUGGCGGGCAUUGGAUUACAUCUAGUGAAAAUCAUUGAGAAGCACUCCGAAAUACAAAACUCUACAGUACUUCUGAUUCUUGUUUUGAUGCGUUUUCUUUUCUUUAUCAUUACUUCACAAUAUUAGGCACUUCAUUCUUAGUUUCAGUAGAUUCAAAACCUUUUUUUUUCCUUCAGUUUCCUUUUUUCUUUUUUUUUCUUUUUUUUUUUUAUUACCAAUGAACUGUAGCCAGCGCAACUGAAAAAGUAGCCAGCGAUAUUGCUGGUGGCCGGCGCUUUUUGACAACCCUGCCUACCUAUUGUUGUUUUUGGAGUAUCUAAGUAGUUCUAUGUUUGCACUUGUUACACAGUUGAGUUCUCUCCUUUUGUGAUUUCUGGCCUAUAGUCACCAGCACAUUGAAUUUUCAGUUAAAACUUUUCCUCACAGAUAUAUUUCAAUAGAUGUGACCUGCACAUCACAGUAACUUUUUGAAUCUUUUCUUUUUUUUUUUUUUUUUUUUUUUUUUUUUCUUUUUUAAAAUCUUUUCUGAAUCGGUGAUUUGUGCAAGAUUCGUGCAACUAGCAAGUUGUGAGCGAUACCUUGAGUUAUUCAACAGAAUGAUUGAAUGGAGGAACAGUGGAUUAGCAGAAUGGCAGAAUAUCUUAAGACAUAGAAUGACAGAAUAUCCUUCAAUGCAGAAUGCCUUGCUUGUGUGGAAAAAAGUCUUAAAAAAUGGAAUUGCAAUAAAAUAAGAAAAUUGUCUAAAAGAAGCUUGAUAUAUAUAGGAUUCAUGAGCCAAGCCAGUCCCUUUAAAAUAUUAUCAUAUUUCUAUGGUUAUCAUCAUUAUUAUUGUUAAUGUUAUUGUUUGUCACCAUUUAAAUAUGGUUGAAUGUCAAUCAGACAUUAUAUUCUUGAAUCAUGUUUUGUGCAACAGGGCACUUAUACAUCUGUGGGGUGUGGCAGGUUUUCUGUUUUGCGUGUGAGAAAAAUAUUCUUCAACACUACCUCUUAGUGUCAAUAUACUACCUCUAGUUCUUUUCAAUGCUAUAAAAAUUGGAAUUACGGUCAACUCGCCGACGGUUCAACUCGCCAACGCCAACUCGCCGACGUACAAAAUCGAGUAGAAACGUCGGCGAGUUGGUCUUCAAUCCAGUACAACUUAUUAGAAGUUAAACAUAUAGGAAAUUAAAAGAUCUUUGGUAAAAGAAAAAAUCUUUCUUGCAACAAAGUUUAUAAGAACCUCAUGGCGAACAAAUAAGGUAAACAUCACCAAUGACUAUAACAGCUUCAGACGCGAACGAGUUGUGUGUGACAACAACACCGUAAAGAGUCGUCAUGUCAAUUGGUCAGAUUUUUUUAAAGAAAACUUGGCUUUCUAGUCAAGAUCUUCAUUAAAAAGAAAAAUUCGUUUUAUUUGUAACAAAGUUUAUAAAGAUCUCAAGGCGAAUAAAACAAGAUAAACAUCGGCAAUGACUAUAAAAGCUUCAGAUGCGAACGAGUUAUUGUGUGACAACAACACUGGAAAGACUCAUCAUGUCAAUUGGUCUCAUUUAUUAAAGAAAACUUGGCUUUUUAGACAAUAUCUGUAGUAAAAAGCAAUUCUUUUUAUUUGCAACAAAGUUUAUAAGGAUCUCAAGGCGAAUAAAGCAAGAUAAACAUCGCCAAUUACUAUAUCAGCUUCAGACGCGAACGAGUUAUUGUGUGACAACAACACCGUAAAGACUCAUCAUGUCAGUUGUCAGAUUUUUUAAAGAAAACUUGGCUUUCUAGACGAGAUCUUUAUUAAAAACCAAUUAUUUGUAUUUGCAACAAAGUUUAUAUGGAUCUUAAGGCGAAUAAAGCAAGGUGAACAUCGCUAAUGACUAUAUCCGCUUCAGACGAACGAGUUAUUGUGUGACGAAUGUCAGACAACUCGCCCCCUGGACAAUUAGCCCCAGACGAUUAGCCCCCAGUCUCUGGACGAUUAGCCCCCAGUCUUAGUUUAUGUAAAGGAGAAGUUACGUUCAUUUGUUGGUCAUUGACUUUUAUGAGUUUGUGGCUCCUAAAGGAGCCCUUUUUUUUUGUGAAUGUCUAUCUAUAUUAACAUUUACUCAAUUUAAAUUACAUGGGUUGUACGAGGUGAGCACCAGUCGAUAGACGCACCGGUUUUAACAGCGUUGCGGUAAUCUGCCUGCCCGAUUGACAUAAACAAGUAGUCGCCAAUAAGUUAAAGUUUCGAAGUUUCGUCCCUGGUUUCUUUCCUUUCCUAUUUAAACAACAUGACGGAGAAACUUUCGUAACGUAUGUAAACAGAAAGAACACAGUUCAUUUUUGUAGAAUAUAUAAACAGAAAGAACACAGUUCACUUUAUAAUUCGAUACGCACGGCAGAGAAACGUUCAUAACAAGCAAACAACAAGACAGCAAGAACGCAGUUUACUUUAUAAUUUAACACGCAUGACAGAGAAAUGUUCGUAAAAAGCAAAUAACAAGAACAUUGUUUAUUUCAUAAUAUAUGAUAGGGAAACGUUCGUAAAAAGUAAAGGGCAAGAACAGUUUAUUUCAAGGUUGGUGGGUUGGGGGCUAAUAGUCCAGAGACUGGGGGCUAGUCGUCUGGGGCUAAUUGUCCAGGGGGCGAGUUGUCCGGAUACCUGUGUGACAACAACACCGUAAAGACUCGUCAUGUCAAUCGCUCAGAUUUUUUAAAGAAAACUUGGCUUUCUAGACUCUUUCUUGAGAUCCUUAUAAACUUUGUUGCAAAUAAAAAGAAUUGCUUUUUACUGAAGAUCUUGUCUAGAAAGUUUUCUUUAAAAAAUCUGAGCGAUUGACAUGAUGAGUCUUUACGGUGUUGUUGUCGCACAAUAACUCGUUCGCGUCUUAAGCUGUUAUAGUCAUUGGUGAUGUUCACCAAUGUUCACCAGUGUUUAAGCUUCUGUUUGCUGUUCACCAAUGUUCACCAGUGUUUUUUUACUAAAUAUCGUUUACUUUUCUGUAAGUUUAACUUCUAAUAAAUUGUAUUAGAUUGAGGACCAACUCGCCGACGUCUCUACUCGAUUUUAUACGUCGGCGAGUUGGCGUUGGCGAGUUGAACUGUCGGCGAGUUGACUGGAUAUCGAAAAUUGUGCUAUAUAAGUAGCCACAUAGAGUCUUUGACUGUCUAUUUUUAUGUAGUUUAUGGUUGAUAAUUCUGGUAAAUGUUCUUUUGUGUCUACUGUUGUUGCAAAGUUCAGCUAGUACAUCCACUUAGCAAAUUCUUGAUAUUUCUUUACCCACUCUUAGAGAACUUGUUACAUGAAAAAGGUACACCCAUGAUCUGUUGCCUUUAAAGUUGUGGAAGGAAACAUAUCAGCUGUUCAAAUAAGAAAAAUAAGUUUCAAAUUGUGACAUGUCCAUAAUUAUUCUGGAUAAUUAGAAGAAUAAUUAGUUGAUUAAACAACUGUUAUGUGAAAUUUUGGAAUAUUUUUCCUUUUAAGAGUACCUCCAGGUGUUUUGAAGAAAAUUAGUUAACAACACAUAUAUGAGCUCUCAUCUGAAUCUUUCUAAUCCUGAAAUCAAACAUCAAAGGAUGUUUUGAACAAAGUGAAUUAAAAAGCUCAUUUGUUAUCUUGGGUGGCUGUCAUGUGUCAUGUUAACUUUGUUGUAAAAAAAGCUUCCUAUCAAUGUAAAGAAACGUUAAGCUCCUACCAUUUUUGUUUUCAGGUGAAGGCAGCUAAAAACAGAAGAAAGACAUGUGGUAAGGCAAAGAGACAGUUGGAGAUAGACUUGAAGUCUGCAGAGGUGUCUUGUAAUGAAGAUUAUCCAAAUGAAUGUGAAAAAAUAAAUUCUGUGAUACACAGGUAUCCAGGGUUUGUAGUAAUGCCCAACUGUUCUCGUGGAUAUUCUUCAGUUCCAAAAAAACCCGACAUUAUCCUUAAAGAGGACUGUGAGAAUGAGAAUGCAUUCUCUAAGUGGUGGAAUAACAAUGUUGCUGAUAUUAAGAGCAACACUCAUUUUGAAGAAAUGUUUAAGUACCUGGUCAUGCGGUGAGUUAUAAGCUAGAAUGUCAUGCACUUUAUUAAGGGUUGAUUGCUGUGUUUUCUUUUAGCAUCUUGCAGUUUAUGACCCUUUUUAAAUCAAAUUUAAUCUUCUCAGUCUUUAACCAUUCUUUUCCAUUUUACUGCACAGCUCUUACUUGGACGCUACAUGUACAUGUCUGCCUUGAAAGAUUUCCUUCCAAUGAAAUGAAACUUUUGGCAUUGCUCAUAUUCAGGCUCAGAAUGUUUUGGGAAUUCCUCUAGAGAGACUAUAUUAACCUCCAUUGCAUGAUGGGCCAAUAGACAUGCCCAUAUUUUGAGUAAUUUAUGUUUCUUUGCUGUGUGAUUAUUUUUUGAUAUUCAAGUAGGCAUAGAAGCCUUACAUCCAAUCUAAGUCCUAAUUCUCAAUUCCCUAUCCUCAAAAAAAGUUUCUCAUUUUCUCUUAAAAGUGUCCCUUAGACUGGUAGCGAAUUGGCAGGUGAUGAUGUAAAAACUGUGAAAACUCUCAGUUGACCCUUAAAAAUCCCAAACAUUUCUUGUAAUUUUUUUAUCAGUCAGUGUUGAAAUGCUCUUGAAAUAAAGUGUGGCAAAGGUCCCCCUUGGUCAGUGCUCUAGAGAUUUGUUUCUGUAGAGUAAUUUCCUUAGCAAACUAAAGCUAACUUUUGACAGCAGCAUUGAAAGAAUAUGCUGUUUCACAAGGCACAAUGAUUUUUUGCUGAGAAGACAUUUGGUAUUUUUACUGCAAGUUGCUCCUUUCCUCAGAGAUUGCAAAGGCAGAGGCCAUCACUGUUGGGGCUGGUCAAAUAGAAAAUGAGUGAUUUUUCCUCUAUCAUAGUUGCACACCUGUCUUAACAGUUUCUUGCAUCACAGCUUUGUAACAUUAUCAUUUUGGCUACAUGCUAAAUGGGGACACUUUCAAAGCGCAAAAAGAAAUGGUCAAUGAGAACUGGCUAGGGGUUAAAGUUGAUUAUUUCACAUUUUAAAUGCAGCUAACAACCAGAAAAUGCAAAUAGUAAUGUGUGUCCAAGGUAAUUAAAAAAAGGGAAAACCUUGGAAAAAAUAUUGAUCUUUGAUUUGAAUUAUCAAACAAACCAAUGUCUGUAUUUUCUUUCUUUCUUAGUCUCUCUCUUUUGCUGUUUCAGAAAAACUCUUAGAUAUGCAUUAACCUAAAAUGAGCAGUGAUCACAAAGACUUGAUUUUAUGUUAUGUUAGAUGCUUGCAGUAUUUUUGUCAAACCAUAAACUUUGCUUUAAAAAGUAUGGUGACUAACUAUCAAGUGAUUCAAGAUGUUAUUUAAAUAUCAUGGAAGGUUUCAAUACUAAUAUUUCAGCUCACUUCAAAUGAGAGAUGUUUCUCUGCUGAGUAACAGAUGGAAAACUCACUAAAUAUGAGUUGUUUCCUGGUCUCAGCACUUUGUCGUAAUUGUUUCUUUUACCAGGACAUCAGAGCCUCUUUACUCUUGUUUAGUUUACCCUUCCUACAAUUUUUUUCUUAAUCAGCAUCGGGUAAAGAAAUAAAAUUGUUUAAAUCUUAUUGUUUUGGCUCACCAAAAAUUUAUGCAACAUGAAAUGUCCUCCCCUUGAUUUUCUGGUUUGGUUUUGUUUUGUUUUGUUUUGUUUUUUUUGAAGGUUGUGCUUUUUUGAAAAAAAUGAGCUCAGAGCCCUGUAGUUUGUAGCAAAUAAUUAGACAUGAAGGAUUUGUUGAAGUGGUUGGACUUAAUAAACUUGCACUUUUUGCAACAAGGAGCUCAUGUUUUUUUCUUACUUCAUUUCUUCAUGGGGCUACUUUUUCACAAAAACUUUGUCCUCAACUAAGUUGAAGUUGUUAUGUCAACUUACAUUUUCCAAAAAAGUCAAUUUUAAGUCCUAAAUUGGUACAAGUCAUUUAGUAUUUUUUUAAGGACUUAAGAGAUUGCUAAUUUAACCUCUUAUAAAAAAUUGCAGCUAUGUUGGAUUGUCCCUCAGCAUCCCUUUCACCCUGAGCGAUUCAAUUGAGGAAAGCAAAAGGUUGAUAGAUGUUGCGACCGCAGAUCAGAUGAAACUCUUUCUUGAUGCAGUGCGAGAGCGAUGGAUAACAGGCCCUGCUGGUAGUGGAAAGACAUGGGUACUGAUGAAAAAAGUAACCAAGCUUAUUAGGGAUGCUCAUUGGCGGCGCACAAAUGAAAAAAUACUUGUGGUCUGUUACAACAAGCCUUUAUCCUUGAUGUUGGAUAAGACAUUUAAAGACGAGUUGAUGAACAUUGAGGGAAACGAAAAGUUAGAAGAAGUUGUCACAGUCAAGACUUUUGACUCACUUCUCCUUGAUAUUGUUAGGUCCAAACUGGGUAGCUCUGCUCCACAAAAGGCCAAUGUUGCCCAAGCAUUGGAACUUGUAGAGGAAGGAAUUGUGUUUACCCAAAGCUAUGAUCAUAUAUUUGUUGAUGAAUGUCAAGAUCUUUGUGGUGACAAAUGGCCAACUCUCUUCAAGAGGUUGCAUAAGGAUGAUGCUGAUGCUAAUGUUGCUGAUGAUGUGCAUAAGGAUGAUGCUGAUGACAUGCAUAAGGAUGAUGCUGAUGCUAAUGUUGCUGAUGAUGUGCAUAAGGAUGAUGCUGAUGACAUGCAUAAGGAUGAUGCUGAUGCUAAUGUUGCUGAUGAUGCGCACAAGGAUGAUGCUGAUGCUAAUGUUGCUGAUGAUGUGCAUACAGAUGAUGAUGAUGGUGAUGAUGAUGAUGAUGAUGAUGAUGAUGAUGGUGAUGAUGAUGAAGAUGAUUGGUGUGAACCCAAAUGCAUCUGGUUCUUUUAUGAUACUAAUCAGAAUCUUGGAAAUUCAACAGAGCAGAAUCAGCUGCACAGGAAAUCAAUUGAGGAGAGCUUCUGGCUUGCAAAAGUUUGCAGAAACACUCAGGUUGUCUUUGAACAUUCAAAGAAAUACUUCAUGUCAAAGAUUCCAAAUGCAAAACCUAUUGAAUUAGGACAUAACAUAGUUGGAUUAGAGAUACAGUGGGAUGGCUCACUAACAAGUCAAGAUGUUGAGGUGGAAUAUGGUACAGAGUGCAUCAAGAAGCAUAUCAACAAUCUUCGUGCAGAAAAAGUUGAUGACAAAGAUAUCUGCAUUCUGACGCAAAAUAUAGCCAUUCGAGAUGAAAUCAGGAGAGUGCUCAAGAAAAUGGAAAUUCCGAGCCAAAAUGCUGAACAAAUGUUUCAAAAUGAUGACAACAAAGUUGUGGUUGAGAGUAUCUGGCGCUUUAAAGGGUUGGAGUCAAAAGUGGUUAUUCUUUACAACCCACCUGUUAUCUCAUAUGGUGACUGGACAACUAGGAAAAUUAAGGAACUUCUAUACAUAGCAUUCUCGAGAUGUUUUUGUUAUCUGAUUGUUGUCUCAACCAGUCAUGGUUGCAAUAAAUUAAAAUCAAAGAAGAGAUUGUCUGAGUCCCCCUCCAAAUGA